UCCAGUCUGUUAUUCAAACUCCGCCUCAUGGACGUUGUCCAACACCGACUGCAAACAAACCGAUUCUAAGUCAGCACUUACAGAAAGCCUCAUCCAGGAAGGCAGGAAGUCAAAAGUGUCACCACUUCGAUAACAACUUUCAAACAUAACAGCACACAUACAGUCGGACACAUUCGGACUUCGUUUUACUUUUCAUUUCGCCUGCUAGCCUUCAGCGAUGGACAAGCUUCGUCGUGUGUUAAGCGGCCAAGAGGAAAAUGAAGAGUUGGGUCUCACUGACCAGGUUCUUGAUGCCAGCACUCUCAGCUACAGCACCAGGGUGAAAUGCUUUGUCAUAUGCUUUGCUGGAGGCAUCCUGUGCUCAAUCCUCGGUUCAGCACUGCUGUUCCUUCCUAAUGGAUUCAAGCUCUUCGCCGUCUUCUACACAAUCGGGAACGUCGCAGCUCUUUCCAGCACCUGCUUCCUAAUGGGACCACUAAAACAGCUGAAGCGCAUGUUUGAUCCAAAAAGACUGAUAGCCACCAUUGUUAUGCUGCUCUGCCUUGUCUUAACUCUUUGUGCAGUGUUUUGGUGGCAUAAAAAAGGGCUGGCGAUCAUCUUCUGUAUCCUGCAGUUUUUGGCAAUGACAUGGUAUAGCAUCUCUUACAUUCCAUUUGCCAGGGAUGCUGUGAUGAAGUGCUUCUCGACCUGUGUGAGUUAGGACUUUGAGAAGACUUGUCCUAACAGUGACUCUGUAAAAUAUACAUCUAUGUUGUUUAUACAUUAUAGCUCCAGAUUUUUACUAUUGCUCGUUUCAUACUGCAAAUCCUCACUUUUUAAGUCUAGCUGAAGGUCUAUUACUGUUAUCCCAUUAUAACAUAUUUUGCUUUAGAUGUGAGAGAAUUGAGUGCCUUUAAUGCUUAAUAUAUUUACACAUAUUCCUGUUUUCUGAGGAUUUUAAACCAAGUGCAGGGAAAUCAUUUAGACUUUUCUAUCAUUUACAAUACAAGUGACUUUACAUUAUAUUUAUAUACAAAUAUAUAAAUAGAUCUGUUGAAACUGGCCAACACAUAUUUGCAUCUUAAACAGUGUGGAUUUGAAAAUGGCGUUCUGAUUUCUUACACACAAACAUUAUUAAAACACAUUGUCUUUCUGUUUACUGUGUAUAAAGAGGCUCUCAGAUGCUAUUCUAUGUUGAUCUGAUUAUUCUUUAGGCAAUUAAGACACUGCUUCGCUGUGAUAUAUGAUAUCCACAGCUCUGUUGAGGUUUUUCCAGCUAAAGAGAUUACAUGUGCAGCUCCUGUCUAGCCUGAUCGUAUGCGUGUGCAUUUGAACACACCUGCCCCCCUUACCUCGUCAAAUUACAUUAAAACUGCGUCUCCUCCUUUUUAAAUUAGAUUUCCUGCCAGAUGUAGCAAUGUCCCCGUUAAUUACGCCUUUCUGAGCAGUGUGAUUUUGAUGUGACCUAAUAACCUAGAACGGCUUGCAUCGACUUCCCUGUAUUGCCUCGGCAUGAUGGCGUAGCCUUUGAGGAUGCGGUUGUCAUGACAACUUCCUCCAGAUUCACAACCUCAGCCUUCCCCCAUCUGUGGUGCAGAUGUUAACAUUAUCCUGAUGAGGAGUUGUGCUUUUUAUUUUUUAUAGAAUACCUUGGACCAGCAUUUAGUCAUGGAGCUCUUCAGAUUGUGAAAACAUAUUUCAUUACAGUUUUUACGCAUCAAUAGCCUCAGAAAGUCCUAGUGCAUCAUGCUUCCCCGUGUAUGAGCUGCAGAAUCUGCUCACGGUUUAACCGAUAUGCCUCCAGGUUUUCUUUGUGCUACAUGCAACAAAGCAACAGCAUUGCACUUCCUGUUGUGCAGCCCCUACGUAGUUUCAUUAGAUGCUUGUAUAAUGUGGUGGAUUAGCGUGGACAAAAUCUCCCUUCAGUACUGUUUGUUCAACUAACUUGGUAGAGACCCGGCAAAUCCUUGAGCAAUUAAUCUUAGGGAUAAAAUAAUGCUGUUGAGUGAAGGGAGCCUGGUUGUUUUUGUGAUCGGUUUUCUUUGCCCGCUAUUUUGGGAUUACGCCGAAGUUUAAAGGUUGAAGAUGAAGUACCCCUGAGCUCGGCAAUCUGUUAGUCUCCCAACGGUUUCCUUUUUAAUACAUCUAAUCCAUUGUUGAGAGGAGAGGGAUCCCAUGCCACAACAACCAGUCUGUGUCCUUUCAGUUUAAUGAUCCAGCGCAUCUUGUAAAUAUGAAUGAAUAACUCUUCCUGCUAAUUUUAUUUGGAAAACAUUGAGUUACAGAACUCGUGUCUCAUUGUGUAGAAAUUCAAACACAAAACACCUUUGAAAGUAUGAACCGCCAAGGGCCCAAUGUUACACAUAUUUAAUGUUAUUUCCUGUCUUUAAAGCAAUUCAUUUGUAUACUUUAAUGUAAAUUAUUCACUUAAAUUCCUCACAUCGAUAUGGUAAUAGCAAGAGCAACUGAAUAAUGUAUGGACAAAUGUUUCACAAACAAGUGAAAUUUCGACAUCCUCAGGCGACAUCAAAUAAACAGUCUAAAAACUA